AUGCAAAACAGCAGAGAAUCCUUACAUGAAUACUGGGAGCGUUUCAAGCGACUAUGUGCAAGCUGUCCCCAUCAUCAAAUCAGCGAACAACUUCUCAUCCAAUAUUUCUAUGAAGGUCUUCUACCCACUGAUAGGAGCAUGAUUGACGUUGCAAGUGGAGGAGCUUUGGUGGAUAAAACUCCUGAGGGCGCGAAGAACUUGAUUGCAAACAUGGCGACCAAUUCUCAACAAUUCGGCACUAGACUCGACACCCCUUCUAGACAUGUUAAUGAGGUAAAUGUUUCAUCUCUUGAACAACAACUUGCGAGUUUAACUUCUCUUGUUCGUCAAAUGGCUGCAGGUAAUAUGCAAACGACGAAGGCGUGCGGAAUUUGUUCGGUGAUGGGGCAUCCAACUGACAUGUGCCCAACUCUUCAAGAAGACCCCAAUGAACAAGUUAAUGCAAUGGGCCUGGACAACCACAAAGGAAUUAUGAUCCUUACUCGAAUACCUACAACACAAGAUGGAGGGAUCAUCCUAAUUUUAGCUACAGGAGUCAACAGGAAACUAUAUCCUCCUAAACAACAACAGGGCCAAACUUCUAACUCGAGUACGCCUUUAGAAGAUAUUGUUAAGUCUCUUGCCACUAACACUUUGCAAUUUCAACAGGAGACAAGGACAAGUAUAAAAAGUUUGGAGAACCAGAUGGGUAAAAUGGCAACGUCAAUCAACAAGCUGGAAGCAGAAGGUUCAGGAAAAUUACCCUCUCAAACAAUGGUCAAUCCAAAGGAAAAUGUAGGUGCAAUAUUGUUGAGGAGUGGUAAGAAUGUUGAAAUUUCAAGGGCAGCCCCUACAUCAUUGGAGCAGGAAAAGAAGAAAUAUGCCAUUGAAGAAAAGAUUGUUCCCAAUGACGAUGGCGCACUUAAGCGUAAGUUUCCACCCCUUUCUGAGUUUAAACCGAUCCCCCAUUUUCCUCAGGCUUUAGCGGAAUCUAGGAAAGAUGAACCAAAUGAGGAACUUUAUGAAACUUUUCGUAAAUGUGAGGUAAACAUUCCAUUGUUAGAUGCUAUUAAACAAGUAUCUCAUUAUGAUAAGUUCUUGAAAGAAUUGUGUACCAUUAAAAGAAAACAGAAACUUAAAAGGUGUGAAAAUAAAAAUGUAGGUGAAAAAAACGUCUCUACAAUCAUUCAACAAACACUCCCUACAAAGUGCAAAGAUCCAGGCAUGUUUACCAUCCCUUGUAUGAUAGGUAAUGCUAGGUUUGAAAAGGUUGUGUUAGACUCAAGAGCUUCUACUAAUGUUAUGCCAUACUCUAUAUACGCUUCUUUAAAACUUAGAUCUUUGAAUGAAACUGUCGUGGUAAUUCAAUUAGCUGAUAAAUCUAAUGCAUAUACUAAGGGUGUAGUUGAGGAUGUUCUCGUGAAAAUUAAUUAUUUGAUUUUUCUGCUGACUUCUGUGUGCUUGAUAUGGGAUAUAGUGAUCAAACUACCCCUAUUAUGCUAG